AGGGCUGUGCUGCCGCCCAGUUCCCCUAGUGACUGUGGUCUGUCCCCUUCUCCCAGCUGCUGUAUAAAUAGAGGUGCCGAGCAGCAGAGAGCUCCUGGCAGCCACCAUGCAGGGACUGAGGCUGCUGUGUUGCUGCGUGGCGUCUCUCCUGCUCCUCGGGGCUGCAGAAUUGCAAGUUUCUGCCUCGGGGGGCACUGAAGAUGUUGCCAACUUUGUUGAGAAUCACUUAUCAGCUGGAGACCGGAGCCUAGAGGGGAAUGAAGGGAUACUUUGCCCAGACUCUGUACCUCCUGAGAAGACUGUUCUCCUCCAGCCUGCAGACAGCAAUGAGGCAGCAGCCCAGGAAAGGAGCGGAAUGCCACAUGACUGUGGUUCCAAGACAGGUGCUGAUAUAAAUAUCCCUGUUGAUGGCUCGAACAAUGAGAGCCAAGAGGAGGACAAUGACGUGAACGUUGCUAAUGCUUCUUCGUCGGUUUCAGAAUGUCACACUGCCACAGGCAGCAAUGCUGAUGGAGGUGAGAUUGUGGCGAGAGAGCCAGAGCCAGCAGAAGGGACUCCUCUCCCAGGGGAAGACACGGAAGAGCUGCUGGCCAAAGAACAGCCUGGAGGCAGCAGGAGCGAAGCUGCAAAGGAGAGCAAGGAGGAGGGGGAGCUCGAUGUGGCAGGGGUGGAGAUCAGGCUGGAAGAGGCUGGGAGUGAAGAGGACAGGAAAAACUUUCCUCCCGCCACAGCAGGGAGUUUUGAAGAGAGCACCUGCCUGCCUGCAGAGGAGAGGCAGGUUUCCCAGCAUGGUACAAAGGCUCUGGCUAGAGAGGAGGUAGCAGCAGCAGAACACCACUCAGGGCCUGAUGAUGGCAAAGAUGCUGCUGAAAAGGAAAGCGAAGUCAGCGAGGCCUCCCAGAGGAGCACGCCGCCCUCACCGGCCAGCGGGGAAUCGCCCCCUCAGGGAGAUGCACAUAGCGCUGAACCUGCUCUAGCAGAGCUAGGAACUCUUGAGGAAGAGGGGACACAGCCGGAAGAAGGCUCUAAAGAAGACAAGAGCCGUAUUCCACAUGCCAGCCAAGGUGCCGAAUCUCAUGUGCAAGGUAGGAAUCAUGCAAACAAGCAAGACAAAGAAGUCUCUAGCUCAGAGACCAGUCAUGUCUCUGGGGACCCUCUCGGGGGCAAUGGACUAGCUGUAAAAGAGAAGGAACCUGAUUCAGGCAACAGAACUGGUGACAGUCCUGAGCGGGAGACCGCCACUGAUGGCCAGCCAGCGGAAAGGGACCGAGAGGAACCAGGCACUGCCUCGGCUGAGGGAGUGGGAAAAAACCCUAACUUGGAAGCAGAAAAGUCUGAAGAAAGUUCAGAGGAAGAGGAUGAUGACCAGGAAGAGUCUGAGGAAGAGGGUGAUGACUCAGCAGAGGAAGAGGGUGAUGACUCAGCAGAGGAAGAGGGUGAUGACUCGGCAGAGAAAGAGAAAGAGAGGGCUGGCCUGGCAGAGGAAGAGGAUGGUGAUCCGGCAGAGGGGGCUGGCCUGGCAGAGGAAGAGGGUAGUGAUCCGGCAGAGGAAGAGGGGGCUGGUCUGGCAGAGGAAGAGGGUGGUGAUCCGGCAGAGAAAGAGGGGGGUGGCCUGGCAGAGGAAGAGGGUGGUGAUCCGGCAGAGGAAGAGGGGGCUGGCCUGGCAGAGGAAGAGGAUGGUGAUCCGGCAGAGGCAGAGGGGGCUGGCCUGGCAGAGGAAGAGGGUGGUGAUCCGGCAGAGGCAGAGGAAGAGGGGGCUGGCCUGGCACAGUCAGAGGAAGAGGCUGAGGAAGUCAUUGCCCCAGAUGUCCGAGAGGCUGCUAGUGACAUGGAAGACCAUGGCCAUGUCAAAGAGGAAGAGAUCAGUGAAGUGGAAGCUGAGUCUGAUUCUGCAGGCCAGGAGAAUGCACCCCGCAGAGACAUGGAGCAGGACAAAGAUCAUUCUCACAAUAGUAACCCAGCUGUAGCAGGAAGCCUUUCUGUGGAUGCGCAGUUAGUGGCAGAAACAGACAGCCCACCUGGCAACAACCGUCCUCCUGCUGGUGCUGUGCCUGACCCCAGGCAAAUAGAAGAGACAGAAGAUGUUGGGGAGACUGCCAAGAGGGACCGUUCCCAUAUAGAGAGCACCCUUAAACUGAGUGAGGCUAAACCUGCAGAUGACUACUCAGCAACACUGCAGCGGUUGAGGAAGAUCUACCACUCCUCCAUCAAACCCCUGGAGCAGUCCUACAGAUACAACGAGCUCAGGCAGCAUGAGAUCACAGCUUACCACGGACGUACCCUGGGCUCCUCAGCCACAGUGUGUGACUCAACCAGAGGGCUGAGUCACCAGGCCCCACCACAAACCGAACGAGAGAGAGAGAGAGAACAGGCACAUGCACUGAGACAGGGGUCACUUGCAAGAGACGGGGAGAUUACGUCCAAGCCAAUGGUGCUGUUCUUGGGACCAUGGAGCGUUGGCAAAUCCACCAUGAUAAACUACCUCCUAGGGCUGGACGACACGCCCUACCAGCUGUACACAGGGGCUGAACCCACCACCUCUGAGUUCACGGUCAUCAUGCACGGCCCAAAGCUGAAGACCAUUGAGGGCAUCGUGAUGGCUGCUGACAGCGCACGCUCCUUUUCACCCCUCGAAAAGUUUGGGCAGAACUUCCUGGAGAAGCUGAUCGGGAUAGAGGUGCCUCAUAAGCUUUUAGAGCGGGUCACCUUUGUAGACACACCGGGCAUCAUUGAAAACCGCAAGCAACAGGAACGAGGUUACCCAUUCAAUGACGUGUGCCAGUGGUUCAUCGACAGAGCUGACCUCAUCUUUGUCGUCUUUGACCCUACAAAGCUGGAUGUGGGGCUGGAGCUGGAGAUGCUGUUUCGCCAGCUGAAGGGCCGGGAGUCUCAGAUAAGAAUAAUCUUGAACAAAGCGGACAGUCUCGCCACCCAGGAGCUUAUGAGAGUCUAUGGCGCCUUGUUCUGGAGCUUGGCUCCUCUGAUCAAUGUCACUGAACCUCCCAGGGUCUAUGUCAGUUCCUUCUGGCCCCCAGAAUAUCACCCUGAAACCCACAAGGAUCUAUUCCUUAAAGAAGAGAUCUCGCUCCUGGAAGACCUUAACCAGGUGAUUGAAAACAGGCUGGAGAAUAAGAUUGCCUUCAUCCGCCAACAUGCCAUCCGGGUUCGCAUCCACGCUCUCCUGGUCGACCGCUAUCUGCAAACCUACAAGGACAAAAUGACCUUCUUCAGUGACGGGGAGCUGGUAUUCAAGGACAUUGUGGAAGACCCUGACAAGUUCUACAUCUUCAAGUCCAUCCUGGCAAAGACCAAUGUCAGCAAGUUUGAUCUCCCCAACCGCGAGGCUUAUAAGGACUUCUUCGGCAUCAAUCCCAUCAGCAGCUUCAAGCUGCUAGCUCAGCAGUGCUCCUACAUGGGAGGAUGUUACCUGGAGAAGAUCGAAAGGGCCAUUACUCAUGAGCUUCCUGAUCUCUUGGGGAGUAUUGGCUUGGGGAAGAAGCCCAGUGUUCUCUCCUGUGACACAACUGGCUGUGGUGAAACCCCAAGGAACCGCUAUAGGAAACCAUAACAUGCUAUGUACUAACAUAACCAUUCAUGUGUUCCUAUUGGUGAAUGAGCUUAUGUCUUAUCUGUCCAAGAAGCCAUGGUUUAUUAACCCUUUGAGUGCCACACUGGCAAGAGCUACUGUACAACAAGGACUUUGAGUCAUUGACAUUAAUGGCAGGGGAAGCGGGGUGGGCAUAGAAAAGAGAAUAAAGAACUGUGAAUUCCUGACAUUUUAUCUUUGUUAUUUCAAAUAGAAAGCAAUGUUUAAACUGUAAGUAAAAGCAACAAAUGGUGAACUAAAGCUUUAGCUGCUUUUUCACAGGUACUGAAGUUCAUGAGUGUGGAACAAGAAGUUCAACCUUUGCAUACACUAAGCAGACAGGGAGUAGGAAACGCAGACUCUGGAAAGAUAACCUGGAGGAAGGCUCCGACGCCUUGACCUGGAGAACCAGAGAGGGUCACCCCUGGGGAGAGAGAGAUCCAGCAGAGUAAAUGUCAGCUUUUGGUGGCUGUAUAUAGGCACGAGGACCACAGAAAUGCCUAUAAAUAAAUAAUAAUCUGUUUUUUUUCUUUCCAAGACUCGUGGGCCAUCAGGUUCAGUUCUUUGUGAACUCCAUUUGGAUGACAGUUGAGCUGUAACUCAGAAUCUUUAGCAUUCACCCAGGUAUUAGCCCUCUCCUGUCCCCAGGGGUAGGGAAAGAAAGACCCCAUGUCUGUGUUUAGACUGGAUUCAGUCCAAUCUCUGGGAACAUAUGGCAUUGUUAGCACCAAAUGCAUGUCCCAGGUGGGAUUUGGAAGUCUGGCUCAUAAGGAGAAAUGGACUGGAGCUGAAAGAGCAAUGGCACUUAAGUUACAUUUGAGAGACAGUGGCUGUAACUCAAGAAAGUUCAGAAGAAAGCCUUUAAAAGCAUCGGUCUGUCCCUGUGCCUGAGAAGAGGCAGGGAGCUUAGUGUAUGCAUUUGCUGUUAGCGUCAUGCAGUUGUUGGCAAGUCAAGCACAAACCUUGGUAGGCUCAGAGGAUUAAUCAAUUUGCAUUUUGACCUUGUUUAUGCCAGUGUUGCAUGUUUUCUCCGAGUCAGAUCCCUGCGUUGUUGUGCGGUUUGGAGGAAGACAGGAACACCCUCCAUUUCACAGCUGUUGCCUGUUUUCUCUUCCAAUCUUUUAGCUGUAGGUUAGGAAGUCGAAGGUGUCUGGGCCCUAUCUUAUUUGGGCUGAGCCAAGCAGUCAUAUUUUUUGUUGGCAUUGCCAUGUUGUUCACCUGCCCCAACACACCAACACCCAAAAUUGUGAGUUGCAGGAAAUGAUGCCAUUGGAACCAGUGCCAGCCUCUCAGUGGACAUAGUUCAUUGUAGAUGGCAACUAAAGCAUGGGGGAAGUAUGGGAGCCCUCUUCACUAAGCAGGCAUUGUUUGGUUGCAAUGACCCAGCAUGGCUGGUGGUUGAGCUAAGCACUAACUGAAGAAGAAGGUGGAUGGUGUACGAGACCUGCUAAAUAGCCUUUCUUCAUUAUUCUCCCUGUCAAAUGGACCAGAGCUGUGGCUGGUCUUCAGAGAACCUUCUGAGUAGAAGUACUCACUGUAACAUACCUGUGGGCCUUAUCUGCCCGGGGUCAAGAAUUCAAUGAAAUGCCAAGCAAAGCAAGGCAAAGAUAGAAAGACAAAAGGAAAUAAGAAAGCCAUAUGUUGGCUUUUUAAAGAAGAAACUUGAGCAGAUGAGAAAGUGGAAGGUGCUGACCAGAGCCUGUUGGGAGCAUGGCAUGGGGUCUGAAAGGCAGCACAUCUCUGAUCCACAUGUGUGAAUAGAGAUGGAGCUGUGGCUACAGGAGAACCAAACAUAUCUAGCAUUGGUCUGGGAUUCAGCUUCCUUGGUGCCGAAACCUUGAGUUUAAAAGAAACGAUCUUUUAAAGCAAUCCAGGUGAGUUCUAGUGGGCAUUUUCAUGGGUGCUUGACUUGAUCCAAAUGUGUCACCCUGGAGGACACAUCCGAUGGGUAAUGAGUCCCCAAAGGCUGGGUGCCGGAGAAGAAACAAGUACAUCGAUGAGUACUGCAAGAGGGCAGGUUACAUGCCGAGGGAUUUUGUGCACAGCACUGAAAGGAACAGGGGCAGCUAAUUAAGGCAAGAAGAGGUGUCAGAGAAACUGGCAUCUGAAAUAGCACAAAGAGAAGUGACAUGCUGGUGAGUCAAUACUGAGUGAGGUCUCAGACUGCUUUGGAGCUGCUUCCUCCAUUCACUUCUGUUCUUCUUCUCCUCUCUUUCUUUUACAUUGCCCCAUUCCUCCUCCUCAUCCUUCUUUGUCUUGGUCACCCACUCUUUCUCACUUCUCAUUGUCCUCCAUUAAGCUUACCUGCUGCUCCUGUCACUUGGCCUAGUUUGCAUGGUUUUCUUAGGAGCGAAUGGAAAAGAAACACUGUCAGAACUGUGCUAAUUUUGCCACUGCUUCUGCCAUCACAUUAUGUUUUAUUGUCACCAUAAGCAAAUAAGUCUGUUAAACUUUUCUAAUUCUCUGUGCCUUAUUCUUCCUGCUCGUUCUUUGCCUUUUUAUUUCUCUUCGCUGUGCUGCCAUCUUCUUUUUGUCUUUCUCCUGUUCAUGUUCUCUUCCCCUUUUCUUCAAUCUUUCUCCUACCUUUUCUUUCCUCCGUUUCUUGUCAUCCUCUUUUCACUAUACCCAGGUCCUUCCUUCCUAGUUCCCUCUAGCUCACUAGCAUCCUGCUGGUCAUAAAGCUACUGCUCUCCUUUUGGGUGUUGGUGUAGGUUAUGAUUGUGGUGUGGCUGGUGUUACCAACACAAUAUAGACCAAGGAACGUUGGCAGCAUUAAGGAGGAUGGAGGUUGUAAAGCACGGUUGUCUACAAGUACUGGGCCUGUUGGUUGACGUCCUGUUGGGUAAGCAUCCAUUGACAACGAAGUUCUCUGCAUAUACUCAAGAAAAUCUCCUGUAAUCAGAUGAGUUCACCUUUUAACAUGUGACUGACAAAAGCAUAGUACUGGCUCAAAAGCCCAGCAUAGAGGCUCAUGAAUUGAUCAUAACCAUCUUCCCAUCUGAAAAUUUACACUAGGAUUCUCUUCUUAAAAGCACUCCUGGCGCUCCAAGUUUAACCCCCCCCCGUGUCCUGACAUCAGGUGACCCUUAAGAAACAGUGGACCUAAGAAGUGCAUUUGUUUGUUAACUGCACAUCAAGCUGGGCCCACUCUUAGCUCUGGUUGGCUACCACAGCCCUUGUUGGGAAUCGGACACAUUUCUGAUGGCCUUUCUUCCCAAACCCCUUGACACUUGAAAUGACUUGCAUGGCCACAGCAAAUGAUUGUUAGUCUAAGAAGGACUGUAGUUCAAAGCCCAUCUCAUCUGGCACAGUCUGAUGACACAGCAGGCUCCUACCAUCAAUCUGACUAUCUCUGUUUUAUGAAACAAAAUGAACUUGAUUAGAAACAAAAUAUAAAGUGUGACAUGAGCGAUGUGUCUCUGAGUUACAGGAAAUGCAUCAGGAAUGAAAACAGGGAGCCUGAAGAUCUUUUAAUUUUGCUAAAAAACCCAACAUCCCUAAACCCACUGUUGUGUGCUUCUUUUUUAACAGGAAUCUGGACAGACAGAUUAUAAAGAAUUACAUGCUGUAAUAUAUUCCCAAUUAGGUGUUCAUGAUAAUGUGCAUUUGGAUAAAAUUGUUGGUCCUGUACAUCAACCCGUCUAAUAAAAUCAGUAUUUUUCAAACACA